AUGUACAAGCUAAAUGACGGAACGUCUAUCUUUACCGCGGAACUAUACGCUAUCCUACAAGCGACCAAGCUCAUACUAAGAAGAGAUCACGAAGAAAAGUGGAUUCUCAUAACAGAUUCUCUAUCCGCACUCACCGCAAUACAGCACAUCUAUUGCACGCACCCUUGUGUACAAGAAAUACACACGACCCUAACACACCUAAGCCGAAAAAACAAAAAGAUCGUCUUCGCAUGGACCCCAUCUCAUAGAGGUAUCACAGGAAACGAAGAAGCCGACCAACUAGCCAAACAUGCCCUCACAUCUGCAGAAGCAACAAUCGAAAACCUAUCCACAAAAGAAGACCACCAAAAAUACACAAAAAAAACCGUAAGAAGAGAAUGGGAAAGAGAAUGGUCCUCAUGUGAAAACCUACUGAGGUCCAUAAAAGACGACACCCAGAAAUGGAAAACCAAAAGGUCAUUCACCAGGAAAGAAGAAGUAAUUAUAACACGACUCAGGAUUGGGCACACGCAUCUCACCCAUGGGUACCUUAUGGAAAAAAACCCUCAACCCCCUCCCCGAUGCGAAAACUGCAACAGAGGGCUAACAGUGAAACACCUUCUGAUCGAGUGCCCAGAAUACACCAACCAAAGAACCAUGAGCGGCCUAGCACAAUAA